AUGUUGCACGCAAUAAACACGGAAAAACACGCAUAGCACGCAGAGAUAUAUUUAUGCUAAAGUUGCGAUAUUAUAUUUUUAAAACGUCGAUAUCUCGAACGAAUGUCGACAGACUUUAUCAACGCGGAUUGGUUGAACGGAGAGAUCACGUGAUCAGCACAGCAUUACAUAGAACGUGGUAUCGACUGCUGGAUUUUCGUCUAUUUAAAUGACAGAAUGAAUACAUCCUUACUUCUGCGUAUCUCAAGGUUUAAACCAAUUCUGGUUAAAAACUUGAAUUGUUGGACAGCAGCUAUAACAAAGAAACACCAGAAUGUUUAUGUAAAUACAUAUCCUACCGUUCUUGUUCUCCCCGAUGGAAGUAGCAUAAACAUUGAAUAUAAUGAACCGAGAAAAAUAAUUGUCCUUCCAAUCGACAUCUCAAAACUUUCGGAAGAACAACAGAAGAUUAUGAUUAGUAAUCGCAAGCCAAAGACUAAGAUCGUUCUAGACGAGGAGCAAGAAGAUGAUUUCAAUGAAAUGAAAUAUAUAAAAAUGAAGAAAGGAUAAUUAAAAAAAAAAAAAAAAAAAAAGAAAAGAAAAAAAAAUACUUCUAAUCAUAUUUAAGGAUUUCUGCAUGUUAAUAAAAUGACAAAAAGAAUUGACGUAAAGCGCAAUAACGUAAUGUUUCACUUCCUUUUUCGUAUUUAUAUUACGUCAAAUGUCGCGCUAUUUAUUGCAAUUGCAAUGCUGUGUUUUUCUUUUUUUCAUUUUUCACGCAUACAUAAUUUACCAGAUGACCUUGUAGAUAGAUAUAACAAUUCAAAGAGCAUGGAAUUGCGUUAACGAAGUAAAUAUCGAAUAAAUUAAAUGUAGAGAUAAUUCAACAACAUUAUGUAAAAUUUGACCAAGUACGAAACCACACGUUACAAUUGUCGUGAUAAUUAUAAAUUACGUAAUCUAA